AUGCAGCCCAGGCUGCUCGUGGCUGCUGCCACGCUCUUUGCACGUGCUUCUGGAGCCUUCUGCGGAGGCUUGCAGCUCCUGUCCGGAAGAGGGCGGGAAACUCGAACACUUCGGCUGGCGACAACGAUCGAAGGAGAUGAGUUUAAGGCCGCCCGGGAGCGCAUCCGGCGAAUCCAGCUCGGAUUGGGGCCCAACGACCCUUUGCCGGAAGAGGACGAGGAGGACGCAGAAGCCGAGCCCGAGGUGGUCCCCGGCCCCGCCACAGGCACUUUGGACCUUGCGGAGGCAGGUGCUGCCAAGGAGGCAGUGGAGGCAAAAGUGUCCGGGAAUGUCACGGUGACGGACGUGGCCGAUGAGGAGGAAGUUAAGGUUCAAGAUGCCUUUGCGGGAUCGGAGAAGGAUGUGCCGGAACUCCAGCCAGAAACUCCGGACAAGCCGAAAAAGGAAGGCAAGUUCAUUUUAUUCCAGCUGGCAGAGGACCUGCAGGUCGUCACACUGCCAACGCCAGGUGAAGUUGCCCAGACCUUUGGUAUCGUCCUGCUUCUCGUCGCAGCCUAUACAGGCUUCGUGGCGGUGGUCGACUUCAGUGCCCAAGAGGUUCUCGGACAAGUUUUCGCCGACUUCUACAAGGCCGCGCGGCCUGAGGCGCCAUCCAUGUGA